AUGGGGGUAGCGCUUGCAGGCGGAUGUGUGCUGGCUGCUCGUCUUUUCUCCGACUUCAGCUCGAAGGAGCCUCGCAUCACCAUCUCCAUCAUCGCGCCCAACCACGACCUCGACCAGCAGAUAUUAAGCUACGAGCUGCCCACCACCUUCACCCUCGCCGACCUCAAGGGCCUCGUCCACGACGACACCAAAGUUGAAGCCCCGUCACAACAGUACUACCUCAACAACACGCCCAUAGCAGGGGACGAGAAGACGUUCGAGGAGGCCGGGAUUAAAGAUGGGGAUAUGCUAGCUAUGCUCAUGCGUCAACCUCAGCAAGAAAACAGCAUGGGUUCGCAGCGGAGACAGCCGCAGCAGCAGGGGCAGAGGAGGACGGCGCCGCAGGGCCAGCAGGAGAUUGAGACGGCGCGGUUGAGUAUUUUGCAGAAUCCGGCGGCCAUGGCGCAGGUGCGGGAGCAGAGGCCGGUGUUGGCGGAGGCGAUCAAUGAUCCGGCUCGCUUUAAGGAGGUGUGGUUGGAGAUGAUCAGGGAGGAUGAGGACCGUGAGGGCGAGAGGCUGGAGCAGAUGAGGUUGUUGAAUGAGGAUCCGUUCAAUAUCGAUGCUCAGCGGAAGAUUGAGGAGAUGAUCCGGCAGCAGUCGGUGCAGGAGAACUUGCAGUUUGCCUACGAGCACAACCCUGAGGUAUUCGGCCGCGUAACCAUGCUCUACGUCCCCGUCGAAGUCAACAAACACCCCGUCAAGGCCUUCGUCGACUCCGGCGCGCAAACGACCAUCAUGUCCCCCUCCUGCGCCGAAGCCUGCGGCAUCAUGCGCCUCAUCGACAAGCGCUACUCCGGCGUCGCCAAAGGCGUCGGCACCGCACAGAUCCUCGGCCGCGUGCACUCCGCCGACAUCAAGAUCGGCAACGCCACCAUGUCCUGCUCGUUCACGGUGAUGGAGGGCAAGGACGUGGAUCUGUUGUUAGGGCUGGACAUGCUGAAGCGCUUCCAGGCGGUGAUCGAUCUGAGGGUGAAUAAGCUGGUGUUUGGGGACGGCAACGAGGUUAGCUUUCUGGGUGAAGCGGAUAUCCCAAAGUACUUUGAAGAAGCGCUCGCGAACGAACCCACCGUCGCCGGGCCCAACGGCACAGAAAUCGGCACACAAUCCGGCACCGUCCGCUCCGCCAGUAACUCCCAAGCGGGCGGCUCCUCCUCCGUCAAACCCGGCGCGUUCAAAGGCGCAGGCCAGACCCUCGGCGCAUCAUCUUCAUCAAAACAGCCCGUAUCAAACGGUCCGACUCCCGCAUCCACACCCGCUGCGGCGCCGGGAGCGUCCGCGAAGCCCAGCCAUCCGAAGGAAGCGGUGGAUCAGCUCGUGAGUCUGGGGUUUACGCGACAGCAGGCGGUGGCGGCGCUGGAUGCGUGUGAGGGGAAUGUGGAGUAUGCGGCUGGGCUGUUGUUUCAGGGGUGA